GACGUCACGCGGCGCGACUCCCUCUCCCUCCGUUCUCGUUUCGGUCGCGUUUGGGCCGAGCGCGCCCCGGGGAUGGAACCGGAACCGGAACCAGAACCGGAAGCGGCGGCCUCCGGGGCUGUCGCAGCGGUCCGUGUGUUCCUGCCCGACGGCUCCGCGGUGCCGCUGGCGCUGCCCCCCCCGGUGCUGGGGCUGACGGCGGCCGUAUUGCUGCGCUGCCUGUGGGACACGGCCGGGCUGGGCCCCGAGGGCUGCGCCGCCAUGGCCCUAUGGCUGGUGUCGGGGCUGCUGGAGGUGCAGCUGAAGCCGCGGCAGCAGCCGUUCCGCCUGCGGCGGCAGUGGGCAGAGCUGGUGCUGCGCCUCAGCGAUGCCCCCCCCGGAGCUGUGGCCAGGGAUGAGCCGUGCCUGCACCUGCGCCGCAACGUCUUCUUCCCGAAGCACAAGGAGCUGGAGCUGCAGGACGAGGCGGUGCUGCGCCUGUUGGUGGCGGAGGCGCGGGGCCACCUGCGGGGGGGUCGUUGGCCGCUGCCCCCCCAGGAGGCUGUGGAGUUGGGGGGGCUGCAGUGCCGUCUGCACUUCGGCCCCUUUCAGCCCGGGCAGCACUCGGCCGAGAGCCUGCGGCCGGCGCUGGAGGAACUGCUGCCCCCCACCCCCCGGGGACGGUUCUGGGGGUCCCUACGGCGCCGCCCCCCCGGACCCCCCCCCGAGGAACUGCUCAACGCCUUCAGCCGCACCCCCGGACCUGAGACCCCCCCCGCGGAGCUGCUGCGGAGCUUCCUGCAGGGCUGCCACCGCCUGCACGGCUACGGGUGUGCUUUUUUCCCAGGGGCCAUCGACCGCCCCCCCGGGGGGCUGCUGGGCCGGGGGGGGCUGCGCCCCGUCAACGUGGCCGUGGGGCUGGAGGGGGUCACCAUCAUCGACGCCCGGGAGAAGCACGUGCUGCUGACACUGUCCUACCCUGAGCUGAGCUGGGAGCUGGUGGGAGCCGUGGGGCAGGACGGGGACGCAGCCGAGGGGUUGGGGGGCGCGGACGCGGCGGAGCCCCCCCAGCUGUGGUUGGAGUUUGAUGGCGAACAGGAAGGCGCCCGCGUGAACCGACUGCUCAGGGUGCUGUCCCCACAGGCGGAGCUGAUGAGCGCCCUCAUCGAGUGCUGCAUUGCCCUGGGGGGCACUGAGCCCCCCCUGAGCCCCCCCCAGCGCCGCCCCCGCCCCCAGCGCUUGGCCACCAUCGAUUACGUGGAGGAUGGUGCGGAGCUGCGACGGGUGAAGCCCCCCCGGCGCUCAGCGUCGUUCUUUGGGCGCAUGGGGGUCCGGGGGGGCAGUGAGGAUGAGGCCGCGGGGGGGGCACCGGGAGCCCCCCAGGAUAGAACGGGAGAGCCCCACUGAGGGCUGGGAGCCCCUCCCAUGCACUGCCCCCCCCACCUCCCCCCCCCCCCAGUAAGGGCUGGGAGCCCCCCGGUAUGGACUGGGGAGGCACUGGGAGCCCCGGUAAGGAUUGCACCCCACACUCCCCCCCACGAGCCCAAAUUUGUUCCUUUUUCACCCCAAAACGACACCAGUGAGCACCGGAGUACCGCCCCAGUGUCACACUCCCCCACGUUGGGGCUAAUUUGGGGUUAUUUUGGGGGGUUAUUUGGGGUUAUUUUGGGGGGCUAUUUGGGGUGCAUUUGGGGCUAUUUUGGGGCACUUUGGGGCUAUUUGGGGGGCAUUUGGGGCUAUUUUGGGGCACUUUGGGGCUGUUUUGGUGCUAUUUUGGGGCUGUUUUGUGGGAGUUAAGGGUUAUUUGGGGGCAGUUUGGGGUUGUUUUGGGGUUAUCUGGGGGCAGUUUGGGAUAUUAAAGGGGGUUGGGGGAUAUUUUAGGGUUACUUUGGGGCAGUUUGAGGUUAAUUUGGGGCAGUUUGGGGCGAUUUCCGGGUUGUUUGUGGGAGUUUAGGGCUAUUUGGGGGCGGUUUGGUGUUCUUUUGGGGCGGUUCGGUGCUAUUUUGGUUCGGUUUGGGUCUUUUUGGGGCUAUUUGGGGACGGUCUCUGUGGCGCGGGGCACUUUGUGGGUUUUUUUUGGCAACGUUGGGGCCAUUUGGGGUCAGCCUUGGGCAAUCUGGAAGCUGUUGAGAGCGGAUCCGCGGUGCUUUGGUGCGGACUGAGGUGGCUUCAGCCUAUUUUGGGGCGGCUUGCAGCGAAUUUGGGGCAUUUUGGGGCCGAUUGGGGCCAUUUUAGGGCCGCUCGUCACAAAAUGGCGGCAGCACCACGUGACGGCGGCCAUCUUGGGGCCACCGCACAAAAUGGCGGCGGCGAGGCGGAGAGUGCUGCGUUCCUUCCUUGGGCCCCAUUUUUUUUCCCCCAUCACCGGGAGUUCGUCUUUAAAACCACUUUUUCUACAGUAUUUAUUUAUUUUUUUUUUCCCCACUGUGGCAAAACGUCCCCAUUGCGAAAUAGGUUGGUUUUCUUUUUUUCUUUUUUUUUUUUCCUUUUCUAAGCCAAAAAUCGGGUUUCUGCGGUGGGCACAGCAUUAUCGGUGUUCGGUAAUUACAAUUGUGGACACUUAAAUCACCCAAAGGUUGGAAGUUGAGCACUUUUACGAGCAAAACCUGCACGCAUUUUGUCCAAAAACAUUAAAUAUUGUAUUUAUUUGGGGGUGGGGGGGGACAUAUUUUGUGUGCUUGGCAGCGGUUCGUCAGGAAAAUGCCGCAGAACGGAGGCGGCUCUGUGAGAAAUGGUGGUUUUGGCGCAUUGAAUUUUCGUAAAACGGAUAUUUUUGUAGCUGAAGGGCACCGUUGGGGGGCGGGGUGCUGAUUUUGGGGAUAUUUGUGAGGUUUUAGGGCAAAAAUCUUGAGGGAAACUGAGAUGGGGGGGGGGGGAUUUGUGAGGUAAAAUGUGUCAGGAAAAUGGUUUUUUUGUUAAUAUUUGUAUGGAUUGAGCAGCCCCGCGAUAACAAAGAAUGAAGGGAGGGUUUUGUUUUUGUUCUUUUCUGAGGUUUUACCUCAAAAAUGGUGAGGGGAUCGGGGGGGCGGUCACGCUUGGAGCUGGGGUACAAAGGGGGCCGUUUUCUGAGGUAAAACAUCACAGAAAAAGGUUUUUUUGAGAAUUGUUUUUAACGAUUUGGGAGCCUUUCGAUAUGAAGAGGGAAAAAGGUGAAAAUUUAUUUAUUUUUUAUUAUUUUUUUUUUAUUUUUUCCCCGAGCUCCUUCGGGGAGCAGCCAUGGGCCCCAGGGGCCGCUUUUUUGGGGUAAAACACGGCAGAAGAAGGGACGUUGAGGGAUGUUUUCAGUAUUGAACCGCUCCUCGGUACGGAGGGAAGGAGAGCUGCCGCUUUUUCGGCUGCUUUUUUAGCCAAAUUCCUGAGGGAAAAGGGGCCAUUUUGUUCUGAGGAAACGCCUUGAAAAUGCCAUGGAAAAACUCCCCGGUGCCGCUCGUGUCAUCAGAGCGUUAAUUACGCUAAUUGGUGCUAAUGAGAGGUCUGCUGCGUUUUUGGGGCGUCCGUAAUCUUAGGGUGUUGCUACCUGGAGCGGAAAUGCCACAAAAUGCAGCAAAAUGGGGUUCGGUUUUCCCUUUAAAGGGCCCCGUGUGGCUGCAGCAUGACUCAGCACGGCUGCAGAACGGGCUGAAAUGGGGAUAUUUGGGUGCAUUUUGUGAAAAAUCGGGUGAGGGGGGAGGGGUGGGUUGGUGGGGUUCGAAGGGGGCUCGGAAACUGCUGAGAAAAGAGGAAAUGAAGUGGAAAAAUACAGACUUUUCAGCACUUUCCAGCUCACCGAGGGAAACGAGUGGAAAAAAAGGCACUUUUGGGCUUUCUCCUUUGUUUAAAAAAAAAAAUGUGGGUACUGAAAUUAGCGUUGGAUUUUUUCCCCCCACAGAUCUGGGGCCUUUUCUGGGGCGGAGAAGUGGCGGUUGGCAAAAUGCAGUGGGGGCAAAACCAGGGGAAAAUAAUAUGGAAAACAAGAAGAACAACAGCGAAAAUGCUGGAAAAUGGCGCCAGAAAGGAUGGAGAUGUUUAAAAUGGGGGGAGGGGAGGGGGGAGGGGGGAAGGAAGAAAAGAAAGGGUGAAAUUUAACCUUUUCCAUAGCAAAACAAAGGAGGGCUGACAUCUUCAACAGCGCUCCUUGGUGAGGAGUUUCGGGGAACCCCCUUCAUCCCCCCCAAAAAGGCUUUGUGGUGCACAAAGAUGGCUUUUCCUUUUAUUUUUUUUCUUUUCCCUUCUUUUCCCUUCUUUUCCCUUCUUUUCCCUUCUUUUCCCUUCUUCUUUCUUUUGCUUUUUUUGGCCGCCCUCAUUUUGGGACGUUUCGGGGGCGUUUGGGGGACUAUUUUGCCCUUCCCCCCCUCCUCCCCCCGCGGAGGCAGAGCCGCAGCACCGCCGCUCAGCCCUAUAAAAGCUCCGCCCCGGCGCGGGGCGUGCAGGGGAGCAGGGCAGGAGAGGCGCAGGGAGGAGCUGCAGAAAAUCACUGAAUUCUGCACAUUUCUGAGAUUUGAGAAUUUUGGGAGAGGUGCAGCGAGCGCUAGGCGCCUUCCUUCAGCCCCGAUUAGCUCUGCGGGCUGUUUUCUUAUAGCUCUGCUUUCCCCUUUGCUCGAGGUAGGGCUUUCAGAGGAGGAAAAUGAGAGAAGUGUGGAAAAACGUGAGCGUGGAGGAGCUGCAGGGAGGGUGAGCGAGAUGUGGGGCGAAAGCGGGGCUUUUCGCCAGCCGAAGAGAAGUGCAGGGGGAGAAAAGCGAACGCUGAGCUAAAAUGUGAAGUUCUGGAGUGAAAGAUGGCUCUGAGAGAAGAUGGAUGGAAGGAGGAGAAAUGGAGAGCGAAGAGGACAGGGAGAAAUGAGCAAGAUGGAAAAAAUGGGUGGCGGUGCGGAGUUGGAAGGAGUUUCAGAGCGAGGUGAGCAGCGGCUUCACGCCGACGUGGCCCCACGCCCACCCCAUGGCAACAGCCAAAAAGCUGCGUUCUUAACCCAAAACGUGGCAGCAGGAGGAGAGGCGUUUUGGUCCCCAGCGGCGCUGUUUUGAGGGCGUUGUAGGAAGAUUUGGGAUUUCGGAGCCGGGAGUGGAAGAGCGGAGGCGGCGACGAGGCAGGGAGGAGAAAUUUAGAGGAGAAAAAAGGACUUUUUGGUUCAAACUGCACAUGGGGCCCUGGGACAGAACGCGGAAGUCAGGAGAAAAUGGAAACAGGAGACAAAGAGGCAAUGAUGGCAAAAAUGGAGGAGAGGAGGAAGUAAUGGAAAAAAAAAAAAAAGGAGAACGUAAUAGGAAAAAAAAAAAAAAGGAGAAGAGAGGAUAAAAUAAUGGGGGGAAAAGGAAAAUAGGAAUUAAUAGAAAACGAGAGAAGAGAAGAAUAGGAAGUAAUAGAAAAAAAUAAAGUAGAAAUGGAAGAGAAAAUAGAAAAAAAUAGGAGAAGAGCAGAAAAUAGAAAAAAUAGAAAAUAGAAAAUGAUAGAAGAUAAAAUGGAAGAUUAGAAAAUAAUAGAAAAAAUGAAGAAAUUGAAGAGAAAAUAGAAGAUUAGAAAAUAGAAAAAAAUAGAGGAGAAAACUGAAAAAAAAAACAGAAAAAAGGAGAAAAAAGAAAAGUAGAGAAGAAUAGAAAGUAAAGAAGAGGAAGAAUAGAGAAAAUAGAAAGAAAGAAAAAUAGAAAAAGGAAAAAUAGAAGACAAUUAGAAAAUAGAAAACAGUAGAAAACAGAAGAAAAGUAGACAGAAAAUAGAGAAGAAAAUAGAAAAAAAAAAGUAGAAGAGAGAAGGUAGAAAAUAGAAAAAACAUAAAAGAAGGCAGUAGGGAAAUAAAGUAAAAAAGGAAGAAGAGAGGAAAAAUGAGAAAAAAAAAGGAGAAAAACAGAAGAGAGAAAACAGAAAAAUAGAAAAAAUAGAAAAAAAAACAAGAGAAAAUAGAAAAAAAAAGAAGAGAGGAGAAUGAAAGAAAAUAGGAAAAAAAAGAAGAUAGAAAAUAGGAAAAAAAAAAAGAAGAUAGGAAAGAAAGAAGAUAGAAAAAUAGGAAAAAAAAAGAAGAUAGAAAAUAGGAAAGAAAGAAAGAAGAUAGAAAAUAGAAGAGGGAAAUCAGGAUAAGAGAAAAUAGAGGAGAAGAGAAGAGAGGAAGAUAGAAAAGCAGCACGUAGAAGAAAUGGGAGGCGGCGGAGCGAGGAGUGGUUCCAGCCCGAAUGGAAGUGUAAAUUGGGGAAGAAAAGAGGAAAUUUGGUGAAGAGAGGAAGAAUAGGGCCCAGAGAAGAGAAGAUGUGGAAAAGCAGAGAGAAGGAAUGGAAGGCAAUGAGGCGAAGCAGCCGGAGCGUGGUGAGGCUGGAGGCGGAAUUCACCGAAUCAGCGGAAACGGCCCCAAAAGGAGCGGCGCGGUGAGGCCCCGCAAUGGGGCGGGGGGGGGCUCUUGUCGUUGCAGGCACUGCUUGGCCACAAAGCGCCCUGGAAUUCCCUGUGGUGGGGCAGAUUUUGGGAUAAAAAACGACGGAAAUGGUGAAUGUGUAUUUUUUUGGGGUGGGGAAAAAAAAAAUAGCAAAAAAUGUGGAAAAAUAAGAACGCAACCCCAAAUCCAACGUCAUCACGCUCCGGCUGUACAGUGUUGUAGGUACCGGUGGUGCACCGCAGAGUAAGUGCCAAAUCCUUGUUUUCUUACCCCAAAAUGUUGUGCUGGGGGGGAUGGCGGAGCAGGUGGGGAAAGGAGGAUAAAAAGGUGGAAAAAGGGAAAAGUGCUGUUUUCUUUUGUGGGGGUCGGGGGGGUGUUCGAGUGUGUUUCCCCCCUCAGGUGUGGCAGCAACAGGCGACAAAGUGGAGGAGCAAUUAAAAAAAAAAAAGCAUAUUAAGAUAAUUACGAUGAGAAAAUGAGAAAAAAUGGACCCUCAGGAUUUAAAGAUUUGAGCCAAGAAAGGGAAAUCUCAGCGGCCAGGAGCUUUUCUGCAGGGAGAUUUGAGGAUAAAACCCACAGAUUUGGGUAAUUGGGACUCUGAGAAGUAAGAAUUUUUUCUAAAUAAUUUAAAUUUUGGGGCGUUUCUGUGUAUUUUUGGCUGGUGGCUCGAUGGGGUCAGGGUUGUGUUGGGGGGGGGUGGUGUGUUUUGGGGUGUUCUCCGCCCUUUUCGCAGAUGCAGUGAUAGGAAGCAGCGGCAGCUUUGGAAGAACAGAUUCUGUGAAAAGCCGCUUUUUGUCCUCAAAAAGGAGCUGGAAAAUCAGGAGUGCAGCUUGUGCCAGGAGCUUCGCUUAACAAAAACAGCGUAACAAAAAGCCCAAACUGCCCCAAAAUGGCAGCGGGUGGGGGCGGGGCAGGGAGGGGGGGGUUAAUAUUCUGUGUUUUCAGGUUUUUCUCCGUAAAAGGCAGCAGGAAGCUUAAAUUUAGGCUUUAUGCCCCCAAACCGUGAGUUGUGAACGUAGGGAAGGGAGCGAGGCGGGGGGAGAAACGAGGCAAAAAGCCCAGGAUGGCUCCGUUUGCGAUGGUGGAAAGGAUGGCGCACCGGACUCCCUGAAUUCACCAAAACCUCCCCAGUUCACGAGGGGCGCGGUGGCGCGUUUUGGGGGGAAUUCCGGCAUUUUUGGAGGUUGGGACGCGCGGGAGGAGCUGGGCGCGCUGGGACCCCGCUUCUGUCCGAAAUUGCCCCAAAAACACCCCCACUCCCCCCCCUGUUCCGACGCGAGGGAUGCGAAAAGGGGCCGAUUGUGGACAAUGUAGCAAAAAGGAGUGCUUUCACCCCAAAUGGGGGCUGACGCAGGGGGUCUGUCUCGCAGGUGUAGCCUUGAACCGUCGGAUUUUGAGGGAAAAAAGGCAAAAAAAAAAAGGGGCGCUGGGUGUUGGCAGCAAGGGAUCUUCGCACAGAUCAGUGAGAGCACCAAAACCGCAGGAAAUUGCCCCAAAACCGAGGCAGCGUGGACGCCCGACACGAAAAGGCAGAGAGAGCCCGGCAGCAAAACCUCCCAAAAAACGUGUAGGAAAGGGAGAAAAUAGGUAUUUGUGCUGUUUUUCACCCAAAUUGGAGAUCCGGAUAGAUUCGGGGCCGUGGUGUCAGAAUGGUGGUGUUUCACCCCGGGUGGGUCGUCCCCAUCAGCCCAAGUUUUGCUUGUUUUCCACCCAUUUAAAAAUGAAAAACAGUGGCUGAAAGUGCCCCAAAAUGGCAGAAAAUGCCCCCAAAAUGAGCAGUCUGCACAGCAGUGCACGGCUCCGUGCCCUUCAGCGGGCAUUGCAGUGGAAGAAGUUGGUUUUUGGUGACAGCAGUGCUGUGCACUGAGGGGAGGGAGGGGGGGUUUGUGACCGUUUCUCAGUUUUUCUCCCCAAAAACGGCAGUGGUGGUGCGGGGUUCUGGGGGGGUUUGUUGUGUUUUGUUGUUUUUUUUUCUCCCCCCCUCCCCACUCUCCAUUGAGGCAGCGCCGCAGCGACAUAAAAUGGCCCCAAAUCGGCCCAAAGAGGAGCAUUGCUAAAAAAUGACUAAAAAU